AUGACCAUCACCGUGCACCACCUGCAAGUCUCCCAGUCGGAGCGCAUCCCCUGGCUGCUCGAGGAGCUCGGCGUGCCCUAUACCCUCAAGACGUACCAGCGCGCGCCGCUGCUCGCCCCCGCCGCCUACAAGGCGCUGCACCCCAGCGGCGCCGCCCCCGUCAUCGACGACGACGGCCUCGUCCUCGCCGAGUCGGGCGCAUGCGUCGAGUACCUCGCGCGCCGCCACGGCGCCGGUCGCCUCUUCGUCGACCCCGCCGACCCCGACUACCCCGCGUUCCUGUACUGGUGGCACUGGAGCAACGGCACCUUGCAGCCCGCCGUCGCCCGCGCCAUGUACGUCCGUGGCGCCGCCGAGGACAGCCCCAUGCGCGCCGUGUCCAGGGAGAAGCUCGGGCGCGCGCUCCAGGGCCUAGACCAGCAGCUGGCCAAGCACGCCUUCAUCGCCGGGUCGGCGCUCACGGCCGCCGACAUUAUGACGGUGUUUUCGUUGACGACGAUGCGCUGCUUCUCGCCCUACAGCUUGGCCGAGUACCCCAAUAUUCUACAGUACCUGGGCCGUAUCGGAAAGAGAGAGGCAUACCGCACCGCCAUGGCCAAGUCGGAUCCGGACAUGGAGCCGGCGCUGGGUGCCGACUCGCCCAAGCCUCUACUGUAA